GAAGGGACGCGAAGAGCGCGGAGCCGAGAGACUGCCGGGAUCGCGGCGGACUGGGCGGGCGGGGCCGGGCGGCAAGAUGGCGGCCGCGCGGCGAGCUGUCAGGAAUUACUUGCGGGGAAGACAGAGACGAGGGAGUGCGUGCUGGGCAGCAAGCGGGACGUCCUGCAAAGAGAGGUGGUCUCCGUUGUCCGUGUGCUUGAGGCAGAGCAUAGCCCUCUCGUCAGACCCUUGUGAACGGCCGCUGCUAGUGAGACGUGUUUCCGUUUGGUGAAAAACUAGGUUUACGCCGGGGCAGGAUCCCUGUGCACACCUCGUCUGUCACCUCGGGGACACGUUCGUUCUCCGCACCUCCACGUGUACUCCUGACACCCCUGUUCAGAGACACACUGUCACUACAGUAAAUCAUUUACCAAAAAAAUGAUAGGUCCCGAAAUCCACUGCUGUAUUUAGUCACAAUGAGCCGUUAUGGGUCUGAAACCCUUAGAGCCGCCAAUCUGAUUACAGCUGCCUUUAACGUUAAUUAUGUAAAAUCCUGUGUCACGUAAGGUUUUUGUGCAGCCUUUGUUCCCGAGCUGCCACGGUUCUAAUCCAUCACAGUGGCCAGCCGGCAAGUAGAUCUGAAGUGUCUGAAGCCGGCCUUCAAGAGAAGAAUCAAAAGGGAGGAAACCCCCAGUUCACAUGAAAUCCACCCGAUACCGACAAGUAUCUAGGCAGCGGAGUUUAGCUAGAGCCUGGAAAAGAACAGGCCGGGUUUCAGGAGCACACCGCCUGUAACGUGAUGCAAGCUUAUAAAUGACCCGUGCUCCACUGGCCCUCCCCUGGCUGCCUCUCCUCGAGGCUGAGUUCUGAUCUCUGUCCCUAAUUCCCUGGGCUGACCCAUUUAGGACCCCUGCCCAAGUGAGGCACCACAGAAAGCCCAGAUCUACUCACCGGAUCACCGGGGCUGGAGAGGGAGUGGGGCUGGAGAGAAGACUGGCCAGGCUGGUUCCCAUCGCUGGUCCGCUUGCCGCCCGGCAGUAUAGCUCAGGCCUCCUAGAGGGUCCAUUUGGCAAAAUUUCAGUCAUUGCUGAUGUUUCUACGUGUCACAAACGUGCCACUGAUGUUAGCCUCUUCACACGGGAAAUCUGCCCCAGGACACAUUCGAUGGGAGGCUUAGAGACACUCAACACCUGUGAUUCCAAGAUCACUUCACGGGGAGAGAGGCUGUCAGCCUAGGAGGAGGGAGACCUGUGGCUGCCACGGGUGGGAAAAGGCCCAGGAGCCACAACAGUGCGAGAACUUGGGUUGCCGCUUCAGGAAAUCCGUAUCUGAGGGAUAUUUGGGGCCAUGUGUGAAAUUCCGGAGGAAAGCAGGGUCUCUCAUCAACCACACACACAAAAAAAGGAUUUGUACCCUGAAUCGGAAAAGGUUUUCCUCUAGUUCUACCCACGUGGUAAAUGUACAGAAACCUCAGAAGAUGAGAAGAGCUGUCCUCUGUCUGUGUCCAGGGCGCAGUCCUUCCCUGUCCCGGCUGAGCUCAGCUCAGCCACAGACAGAGCCUUCUCCUCCUCUCCACCUCUGAGCUCCCGAGUACACACUCCGGCCCAGCCUCAGCUUUCGAAAAGCCAACGGUCAGAUCCUCGGAUGGACAACCGCAGGCCCAGAUAAACGUGGCUUCUUUCUGUAAAUAUGGGAUCGCAGAAUGGAGCCGGGGUCCUGGGUCAGCGUUGGACAUGGCCCAGGAAAGCAUCCGGGCUGGACCUGGGGCCUCCCUGACGGAUACUUUCUUUUCUAGGGAGAGCUUCCUCCGCGGUGCUCUCGUCCGUCUCCCUGCAAAUGCUGCUCUACCUGAGUGGGGGGUAUUAUGCCCUGUAUUUCCUGGCUACGCUCCUACUGAUCAUAUAUAAAAGUCAGGUUUUCAGUUAUCCUUGUCCUUACCUGGCUCUCGACCUGACUCUGCUGUUUCUGAUGGGGAUUCUGGAAGCAGUUCGGUUGUACCUGGGCACCAAGGGCAACCUGAUGGAGGCCGAGGUGCCGCUGGCCGUCAGCCUGGUCCUUACAGCGGGUGGUGCCCUGCUGUCCACCUACUUCCUGCUCUGGCAGACCCUGGUGCUGCGGGCCGACUCCACCCUCAGUGCCGCGCUCCUUGCGCUCCACGGCCUGGAGGCCGUCCUGCAGCUGGUGGCCAUCGCUGCCUUCGUCAGCUAGGCGGGCAGCACCCGGCUUUGCCCGGCAGGACAGCUCUGCACAGAAGCCCCCGCCUGGGAGCGCGGCCGUCUCCUCCCCCAGUGCUGGACGGAAGGGCACCGGCGUGGACGGGUAGGACGGUUUGGAGUGGUUUACGAGUUUUGGGUGGUGGGGUGGUCAGGAACCCAGGGCAGAGCAGAGAGCCGGGGGAGUUGCCGGGAACAGCCGCACGAAGGGUCGGGAAGGGGGACCGCGGGAACAUCUGCUCAGGCCCCGCUUUUGGCUGGUGAGGAUCUCCCUCCGGCAGCUGCCCUGACCCCCGACCCAGAAGGGAGCAGGCCCUUGGGAAAGGAGGUGGCCGAGCUGUGGCCACAAACCACCGUUCCCUGCCGGGAGGAGCAGCCUGGCCGUGUCUUGCCGGUUCCCCCGUGGGUGUGAGGGCGCAGGCCGGGGCGGUUCGUGUUCCAUACCCACCGCGCUGCUGCUCUGCCGGGGGCUCCAGGGGCAGCAUGGGAAGCGGGCAGCCAGGCCCCGGGCUGCUUAGGAACCGUGGGCCCUGGUGUCCGGGGGGAUGUUGGCAGCUGCGGCUCCUCUCCCCUGGGGGCUCCUGAAGGAAGGACGGGCCAAGACCCUGGCACUGACGGGAGGGAGGCAGGGAGUGGGCCAGCGGCGAACGGCCCUCCACUGCCCCAGCCUGGUGCCUCAGUGCCCCCACGUCCAAGCCUCAGUCGUUAAAAGGCCAGGGACGUUUGCACUGUGCUCCUCGCAUUCUGUUUGUGCCUUCUUCCCCCUUCGCAGAUCGUAAUGGCUCCCGGAAGACACUGAGCUCCUGCUCCCCGGGACCUUCACCUGUUCACGCUGUGCACCGUCCACAUCUGGAACAAAACGUUGGGUAUCUGGACGUUUUCUCUACCGUUUUGUGGAAAUAAAUGUUUAUGCCUCCCUGAA